AUGGACUGUGAAGGCCUCUACGUAAAUUUCGGUAUCAAUCGAGAGUAUUUCACCACGGCCUUCGUUGACUGUGGUUGCCUGUGUUAUGGGACCAUCAGUGAGCGCCUUGCCCGCAAGCUUCACCUGCCGCGUAUUCCGAUUAAACCUCGAGCGUUGGAGCAGGUCAACACAUUCUCACCCGAGGCCAUCUGUGCCGUGACCUACUUCGACUUCGAUAUCGACGGGUACCAGAAGAAAAGAGCUUUUUUCUACGUUGUGCGAGACCAGACCGAUCCUGUGAUUCUGGGCAAGAAGUGGUUGAACCAGGAGGAUGUCACCUUGCGAUUAUCGCAGAACCUCUUGCAUAUCGGGACGCACGACCAUUGGGUGAAAGGCCGAGACCCGAAGGAGGAGGAACGGUGCAACAUACGAGGACAGGCGGCGUUCGUGUUCGCCGGAAUGGUUCGCCGAGCAAGAAAGUUCAAGCAUCGAGACGAUGGAGUGCGGAUCUUCGCCGCAAGCCUGAAAGACAUUGAGAAGGCAUUGACUCCGAGGAAGAAGUCAGACCCGAGAGAGAAGCUGCCCCGUCACUACCACGAGUACCUAUCCGUCUUCGACCGCGACCAAGCGGACCAACUCCCACCGCGUCGUCCGGGGUGUGAUCACAAGAUUCAGUUAGAGAGAGGUCCUGAUGACAAGGAGAAAGAACCGCCGUGGGGACCAUUGUACGGCAUGUCACGAGAAGAGCUCAUUGUUCUGCGAAAGACUCUCACUGAGCUACUCGACAAGGGUUUCAUUCGAGCAAGUAGUUCUCCAGCGUCAGCACCAGUUUUGUUCAAAGACCGAUAUCCCUUGCCGUUGAUCGAGGAAACUUUGCGGUCGCUGUCCAAGGCCAAGUGGCUCACCAAACUUGACGUUAUCGCAGCAUUUCACAAGAUUCGCGUCGAGGAGGGAGACGAGUGGAAGACAGCAUUCAGAACACGUUACGGACUCUACGAAUGGCUUGUCACGCCAUUCGGGUUGACGGGUGCUCCCGCAACGUUUCAGCGUUACAUAAACCACACGUUGCGAGAUUUCCUCGACGAGUUCUGUUCCGCUUACAUUGACGACAUCUUGAUCUACUCGAGCGGUUCGCUCGCAGAUCAUCGCAACAAAGUCAGGCAGGUCCUUGCUCGACUGCGAGAUGCAGGCCUGCAGAUUGAUAUCGACAAGUCCGGGAAAGGUAUCCGCGUGGACCCGGAGAAGGUGCAGGCAAUUCAGCAGUGGCAGCGACCCCGUUCUGUCAAAGGCGUCAGAAGCUUUCUGGGGUUUGCCAACUAUUACCGGCAAUUCAUUCCCAGAUUCUCCAACAUCGCCGCGCCUCUAACGGCGUUAACAAAGAAGGAUGCGGUGUUUGCGUGGUCGAAGGAGUGCGACAAGGCCUUCGAGGAGUUGAAGGCUCUUCUGACCAGUGCGCCGGUCCUUGCGCAAUGGGAUCCGGAUAGAGAGACGAUUGUGGAGACGGAUUCAUCCGGUUAUGUCACAGGAGGGGCGCUCUCGCAAAAGGGCGAUGACGGCAUCAUGCGGCCUGUGGCCUUCUUCUCAAAGAAAAACGCACCGGCGGAGUGCAACUACCCAAUCCACGAUAAAGAGCUGCUGGCGAUCAUUCGCUGCCUUGAGCAUUGGGACGCCGAAUUGAGGAGUGUGAAGUCCUUUACCGUUUUGACGGAUCAUCUCAACCUCCGUUACUUCACCAAGAAGCACUUCACCAUCAAGCAUCGACCGGGCAAAGAAGCCGUCGUACCGGACACGCUGUCUCGACGAGAACAGGACAUGCCGCACAGCGCCGAAGAUGAUCGGUUGCAAGGACGACGUGUUCAGCUGCUGCAACGUAACAAGGGUGGCCUGGUGACAAAAGUCAAGAGCGGUUAUGUCACCAAGGGCGACACGGAUCAACCCGAUGACGCAACAACUGACCAAGACGACUCAAUCGAAAACCCUUUCUCGGACCCGGAACUGCAGAAGUUAUGGGACGAAGGUGUCAAGAAGCACAAUCGUUAUUGGCUCAUCCGAAAGGCCGUACAGCAAGGCGAGAGGCGUCUGCCGUCGCAUUGGGGACUGCCCGUGAUGCUCUCGGAAUGCUCGAUUGACGAUGGACAGCGGCUCUGCUGGCGAGAGCGAAUUUGGGUGCCGAACCACGAACCCCUGCGACACCCCGGACGGGACAUGCUGAAGUCCUUGUUGAGCCGCAAGUUUUAUUGGCCAGGCCUCGAUUCAGACCCGCUACCUAUUCCAGACAGGAUCUGGUCGGAGCUGUCAAUUGACUUUGUGACAGACCUGCCACCAACCAAGUCGAACGGUUCGACCAACCUUAUGGUCGUGACGGACAGACUGUCCAAAAGUGUCGUUCUUGAGUCAUUGAAGGACAUCACGGCCGAGACGACGGCCAGAGCAUUGCUACGGAACGUGGUGCAACACCAUGGCGUGCCGCGCGCGAUCGAUAACUGGGAAGAGCUGUUGCCAGCGGCCAUGAUGGCCAUCAACAAUCACAACUCGACGUCGACAGGCCUGAGCCCGUUCUUUAUCACGCAUGGGUAUCAUGUUGACCCGAUACAAGUCAAGGAGAAGUUACGGACGGACGGAAGGUCCCCAGUGACCAGGGCUGAAAGCAUUGUGCAACGAUUUCGAGAGGCAACGGAAUGGGCCCAGGCGGCAAUUGCGUCAGCGCAAGAGCAGCAAGAGAAGAACGCCAAUUCGCGAAGACAGCCGUCAGACCAGUUCAAGCCUGGAGACAAGGUAUGGCUGCGACUUCGCAACAUCCGAUCCAAUCGGCCAUCCAAGAAGCUCGAUUGGCUGUCGGCCAAGUACACCGUCCUGGAGACCAUUGGGUCACACGCGUGCAGGCUGGACACGCCUGGAAUACACAACGUGUUCCACACGUCGGAUGACUACCGCCCACCGGCCAUUUUGACGGACGAUGGCGAGCUGUGGGAAGUGGAAGAGAUUCUGGACAGGAAGAAAGUCGGGAGAGAGUGGAAAGUACACAAUAGCACUGGCUAG